AUGACGGAGCCCAAGCCCUCACAGACCGAGCACGCCUUGUUCGACAUCAUCAGAUGCCCGGUUGGCGAUAUGAUUCUCAGGGUCGGAGUCAACAAUGACAUUGGCACGGUCAGAGUUCACAAAGCCUGUAUGGCCGUCGCCUCUGAGUUCUUUAGAGAUCCGCUCAACCUCUCCAAAGACGCGCCGCCUACGACGGAUACGAACGGCUCACUGACCCUGGAAGGGGAUGAUCGGGAGGCUUUCAUCAUCAUCUGCCAGGCGAUUCAUCUGCAACCGAUCGAUCUACGCAUGGUGCGAAAGAAGCUCGGCAAGGCGGCUGUGGUAUGCUCAAAGUAUUUGUGCACCGACAUGGUUUUGCAGAACAUUCUGGUGCCCCUCAAAGACUUGUCGAUAUGGGAGCCGGAGAUGAGCUUCGAAGAUCAGAAAGAGCUUCUGAGCAACAUCGUGUGCGCCGCUCACCUUGCUGGAGAUCACGAGCUCCUGAGAAAGUCGUCUAAAAAGCUCAUCUCCGAGUACUCGGGCACCUUAUCUGGCCACCCUCCAUAUCUCGAGGAUCCGUUGUUCCGGUGCGAGCCGACACUGUAUCAGUACAUGCCUGCGAACACGGAAAGGCAUUUGGAACAGCUUCGGAAGCUUGAGACCGCAGGAAUGUACGAGGCUGCUGCCAACGGGAUGCUUAGCACCACAAAGUCAAACUUGACGUACAAUGACGACAUGCUUGACCAAGUCGAUGGUCAUCUGGUCGCUCAAGGGCUGAUGCCUUGCGACCACGCCCUCCAGCUGGUCAAUCAACGUGCUCUUGAGUUGUUCAAUGGUAGGAAAAUCGAUGAGUACGGUUACUACAGGAGCUCGGCAUCCUCUCUUGAGGACGUAUGGAAUGAGCUAUUCACGGACAAGCUGAGUCUUGGGGAGUGUCAUGAAGACAGCAAAUGCUCGCAACAUCAACAACAGCCGAUGAGGUGUAAGGCAUGGCUGUCCCACGUCGCAACAACGGCGAAGGCGUCGAUAGACCGAAGGCUCGAGCGCGCCAAAGGACUCUGUCUUAAGUGCUACAGAGAGUCCAAGGAUUUUGGUCUUAAGUGCGAGCAUAGCUGA